AUGGGAAUCUGGGACUUCAAAACGUUCGAAUGUGCACAAAAUCCAGUCAUGUGUCUUUGGGCUUGGUGCGUUCCAUGCGGAUCAUGCUGCAUGCAGGCUAUAGAUGCCAAGAUAUCAGACCCUGAGAAUAAAAAUGCGGCCUUGAUCGCAUGCUUAUUUGAUUGUUUCUUAUGCUGCAUUGGCGCUACUAUAAAUCGCAUGAAGUUGAGGAAACAAAUGUCAAUUGAAGACAGCGUGGCUAUGGACUUCCUUUGUUCUUGCUGUUGCGGCUGCUGUUCCGUUACUCAAGAAUGGAUGACAACGAUGAAGCGUUAUAAGAAUAAUCACAAGACGUUGAUCUGGGCAUUGGACGAAAAAAGCGGUGGAGAAGAUAAGGAAAGAGCUUACUCCCCCCAUCCUUAAUCGAACGGCUCGCCAUCGUUCGAUCAAGGAUGGGGAUUAAAAAAAAAUUUUUUUGGGAAAGAAAUUUUAUAUAUAAAAUAAAAAUACUUUUAAAUAAGAGGGUUAAGAGUAUUUAAUAAUUAUUUUACAGCAAAAAAUUGAAUUAAUUUCAUAAGAAUACCAAUUUUUAAUAUUUUGAUUUUUUUUGAUUACCCCUUUAAACUGUAUAAAUUUUAAUUAUCCUUAUUGAAUUUUAAAUUUUAAAGAAUCUCUAUUUUUUAGAUUAUUGAGUUUUGAGCCCAGGCUGAUGACUAAAGCAAUUCGGAUGGCUGAUUCCGUAGCUUCCUGUCAUCUCAAAGCCUCUGAAAACAGCUUCAUUAGGCACAUCUUCCCAAGCUUUUGAUAUAAUAAAUUCCCUUAAAUAGCCCUGCUAGGCAGGCAUUUUAAGCCUGAAUUCCUGAUUUAGUUAGAAAUUCCAGCUUAAAAAGCCUGCCCUUACAGGGCCCAUUAAGAGAAAGCACUAUAACUAAUAUAUUUUUAUAUAUAUAAAAAUUUGAAUGAUGUGAAAAUCGUUCGAUCAACGAUGGGGGUUAACUUCCCAAUUUUUAGGAAUUUUUACAGUCAAUCGUUCGAUCAAGGAUGGGAGGGAGUUAG